AUGGAUCAAAUCCAGGAGGAGGGCUGGGAGGUGCAGGAUGGAUCCACACGCGACGUGUUUUAUAAAUACGGAAUCAUUCGCGAUAUUGACCUGAAAACCCGGAGAGGAGGUCCGCCGUUUGCCUUCGUAGAAUUUGAGGACCCGAGGGAUGCAGAGGAUGCUGUUUAUGGACGUGAUGGUUACGACUAUGAUGGCUACCGUCUGCGUGUUGAAUUCCCUUGAAGUGGAGGUGGAAGGGGAGGUGGUGGCAGAGCUUUAGGAGCCCCAAGGGGACGGUAUGGUCCCCUGUCACGGCGCUCCGAGUACAGGGUUAUAGUCUCAGGCCUUCCCCCCAGCGGGAGUUGGCAGGACCUGAAGGAUCACAUGCGGGAGGCAGGUGAUGUAUGUUAUGCUGACGUGUACCGUGAUGGCACUGGCGUGGUGGAGUUUGUACGCAAGGAAGACAUGACCGCCAUCCGUAAAUUGGAUAACACCAAGUUUUGCUCCCAUGAGGGUGAGACGCCCUACAUUCGCAUAAAGAUGGACGGCCCUCGCAGCCCCAGCUACGGUUGCUCACGUUCUCGUAGCCAUAGUCGAAGCCGGAGCAACAGCGGGUCACGCAGCUACUCCCCACAUCGCAGCAGAGGAUCUCCUCACUACUCUCCCCGACGCUCCCGCUCUCGCUCUCGCACCUAGACGCCCCUCCUAUGACAUAAACCACCAGCUCAUCCCACCAGCUCGUCUCAGAGUGGAGACGACAGACUUCACAGAACAGAUCUCCAUGGACCAUUUGCUGUGUUAACUGUUUCCUGCAUCUCUUGUGUGUUUCUUUUCCCCCAGAUUUCUGUUGCGGGAUUUAUUUUGCUUUAGACCAGCUGAAUUUUCCUGGUUUAUGUAUGUCCCCUUUACUUAUAUCCUUUUCUCACCCUUUUCACGCACAAUGAUCUAAACCUUUUUCCUGCAAACUUGUCCCUUCCUAUGUGUGUACUCCUCCUCUUCCAGUUCCAACCUGUGUGUGGAUUGUAUGCUUUGUGUUUUGGUUUUUAUACUGGGGUUGUUAUGGAUGUAUAUAUAUUAAUAUACAUAUAUUUGUUACCAGCAUUGCUUAUAAAAUUGUAUUUUGACCCUUUCCCGUGUUUCUCUGUUCAGAGUUCAGAGGAGCAGGAUAGGAUGGGAACAGAGGAGACUGUUCAUAUUAGGAUAAGCAGGAGGAGGAGGAGUCAGAUAUGGCACCAAUGGCUGUGGUCUCUAUAUCUGAAAUCUGCAUAAGAUAAGGCUUUAGUCCAUUUUAGCCAUAAAUAUAUGCUUGAACAUAGCUGAUUACUGUAAUGAGAUGUUUGUGGUUGUAGUAAAGGUUUUGUUUGUUGCAUGCUCACAUUCUAAAGUUCAUACCGGCAAGGUUAGACAAGCCCCUAAAGUCCAGUGAUUCUUCUCAGUAGUCCCUGCAGAUUUUUCUAAAACAUUAUAAAGUCCUGUGAUGGUUCUGUCCCUGGUAGCUGUAUUUGUUGACAUUUCUUUAAGCAUUUUCCUGAAGGUGUGAUUCUAACUUGCCUCCUUCUCUUUGGUUCUGCUGGUAUUCUGAAGGUCUGGACUGGGCUCAUUGUCUCCCCAUUCCGGAGCCGGAUUAGGAUUAGGCUUCAGGAUGGAUACAUGGAGCAGGAGCAUUGGAGCAAUUUACCGGGAGAGGAUCCCCACCCCUGACCCUGUCCACAUAACCCCAUCAAAGUGGAAACAUUUUGUAGAAAUAUUCAAACUUUAAAUUGGCCUUCAAACAGCAGAAAGAAAAUUUCUUUCCACACGGGAAGGCUUCCUGAUGAGAAUUAUUUUUCUUUUUUAAAUUAACAUGAUCAAAGCUUGGUGUAAUCCAGGAGGAGGGCUGGGAGGUGCAGGAUGGAUCCACGCACAUAAGGAGAGUGGUAAAGCUAAACAUGAACACACUUACGGAGGGUGGGGAGACUGGGAGGUUACAGGAGAAUGUGACUUUAUGUAUGUCACAUUUCUCUUAGGUCAGCGCUUUUCUGCAGAAGAUGCAUAUUCAUUAGGAUAAAUAUAAUCUCCAGUACAUUGAAAAGCUUCAAUAAAAAAUCAGUUUACAGUU